AUGGAUAAUUUAACAAUAUUAACCUCAGGAAAUCAAAUAUAUGCUAAAAAAAGAGAAAGAAAAAAACAACAAGUUGAAAAAAUAGUUUUUGACGAAAAUGCUAGACGGUUAACAAAAGAAGCAAAAAUAAAAAAAAUUGCAGAGUUUUAUAAAACAACUGAAAAUUCAAUUAUAUCAUCAUCAUCAAAUGUUGAUGAAAACUUACAAAACAAGGUUGAUGAAUAUGUGGAAGAAGAGAAAAAUGUGAAACAAGAAAUAGAAAUGAAAAAAUCCGAAUUUAGAACACCUGAAACAUUGACAACAGUUACAAUAAUCAAUGAUUUAGACAUUUGUAAUUUUUCUUCGAUAUCAGAGAGUGAAUAUUCUAAAAAUAUUGAAAAGGUUAUGGAGGUUGAUAAUAACAAAUUAUCAA